AUUCGCUUCAAUCCCCCGCUACCUUUCAAACCUCCGACGGACCACGCCACCACUACUGCUACAAUGACUGAGUAUGCCACCCCUCCCGCUCCUCCAAGGACUUAUUAUCCCACCGUAAUGACUUAUUCUCCCAGCACCAAUCCCGCUCCUACAAGCACUCCCUCGCCCACGACCAGCACUACCGUGUCUCCAACUUAUUCUCCCCCCACCGCUCCUCCUCCUUCGCCGCCCACAGGGAACUUGCCAUCGACCACGCCGGUCGGGGUUAUAGUAGGAGUUGCGACAGGAGGGUUCAGUGUACUUGUUGUAGUGGUCAUUAUCUUCGUUAUCUAUCGGAGACGGAAGAACAGGUUAGCGAGAGCUAAUGAGUCAGGGCAACAACCCAAAGAUAAACCGCCCCCAGCCUUUGGAUUUUCCGAAAGCACAUUUACAUAUGAAGAAUUAGUCAGGGCAACAAAUGGAUUCUCCAACGACAAUCUUCUUGGUCAAGGAGGCUUUGGUUUUGUCCAUAAAGGUAUUCUUCCAAAUGGGAAAGUGGUUGCAAUUAAACAGCUGAAAGCUGGGAGUGGACAGGGGGACCGUGAAUUCCAGGCAGAGGUUGAAGUCAUUAAUCGUGUCCAUCACAGACAUCUUGUAUCACUGGUUGGAUACUGCAUUAGUGGGGCCCAGAGAUUGCUUGUUUAUGAGUUCAUUUCCAACAACACCUUAGAAUUUCACUUGCAUGGAAAGGGGCGACCAACUAUGACUUGGCCGACAAGAAUGAGAAUUGCUCUAGGAUCUGCAAAAGGAUUGGCAUAUCUCCAUGAGUACUGUCAUCCCAAGAUCAUACACCGUGACAUCAAGGCUGCCAAUAUUCUUAUUGAUGACAACUUUGAGGCAAAGGUUGCAGACUUUGGACUUGCCAAGUUUGCCUUAGAUACAGAUACUCAUGUCUCCACAAGGGUUAUGGGAACUUUUGGAUACUUAGAUCCUGAAUAUGCAUCCAGUGGAAAGCUCAGUGAUAAGUCAGAUGUCUUCUCAUUCGGAGUCGUGCUAUUGGAAUUGAUUACUGGACGCCAACCCAUUGAUAAAACUCAUUCCUUCACUGAUGAUAGCAUAGUUGAGUGGGCAAGGCCUUUGCUCGCGCGAGCAUUGGAAAAGGGAAACAUUGAUGGUCUUGUUGAUGAAAGCUUGCAGAAUGAUUACAACUCCAGCGAAAUGGCUCGUAUGAUUGCCUGCGCUGCUGCUUGUGUGCGACGUUCUGCCCACCGUCGGCCAAAAAUGAGCCAGGUAGUUCGAGCUUUGGAAGGCAAUCUGUCUCCAGAUGAAUUAAAUGAAUGAGUUAUACCAGGUCAAAGUAUGAUAUACAUGUCCUCUGAAAGCACACAAUACAGCACUCGUGAAUACAAGGAAGACAUGUUGAAAUUUAGAAAGUUAGCACUAGAAAGCCAAGAGCUAGAUCAAGGAAUUAGCUAGUGAGACCAGUGGGUCCAGCAGUAAUUUUGGCCUGCACCAAUCUGCCUCCGGUGGUGAAGGCCAACAAACCACUCAAGAUAUUGAACGCGGGCGAAUGAACAAAGACAGCCAAGACUAUAUAUGGUAAAAGCUCUUGACAAACAAUUCCCAGAUUCUUGAACAAUGCCAAUUUGUCCCACUCUCCACCCUGUAUGCUGCCUAAUUUGCUGAACCACAGACGCUAUUGACAUGCUUACUUGGAAACACCACUUCUAACUGUACAUUUGGUAAAGUGAAUGUAUCUAUUGUUCAGGUAGGUAAGUGAGCUUUCCUCUGAGUUGCAUACUCGGUUGUUUGAACCAUUUAAGUGCUUCUUCCCAUACUGAAGUUUGAUUGGAUCUGGUGGCUAGUGUGUUCAUAUCAAAAUCUAUCAUUCACAUUAGUCCCCAAUUUGCUCCUAGAUGGAGUUGGCAGGGGGAACAAAAUUGACAUCAUUUAUUGUAGGCACAAUUUGAAGAAGGAAUAAUUUUUAGUGUAGUUUAGUGAAAUCUCUGUAUACAUGUUGUAUUAUUAUUAUUUUGACCAAUACAUGUAUUUUGUAUUCUGUAUAUCAAUAAACU